GGCUGUGACGCCGUGGGUCUCGCAUUUCGGUUUUGUUUGUUUGUUAUGCAGUCGUAAAAAUAGGGACCAAUCAGGAGCGGAUAAACAAAGCGAAGACGGACACUGGUUGGCUGGGCUGUCGCCAAGCCGAGGGUUUCUAGCCAAUCCCAUCUAGCCCGAGGAGCAUCUUCAGUGUUCAGUGGACUCGGCCAUUUCUCUGGUGAAGCGUAGCAGCGUACUAAGCCGAAGAGAUUUCUUGUAUUUGUUCGGUAGUCGAGGAAAGUUUGAAAAAACAAGACGACGCAAAAGGAUGAUACACUCCGGGCGCACCAAGCUCGAGGUAACCCAUGUGCCUCUAAUCCUGUUAGUAAAGGGGUUGUAUAUACAAAGUGACUGUCGACUAUUGGUGGAGACAAUUAGCUAAUUCGUUGCACGGAAAAAAGCGAGUCGGGUUGGAAUUGGUGGUGGAGGUCAGCUACAAGGAGUCGAGGAAGCCGGAGGCGGCGGAGGACAGUGGUGGCGUCAACAGCAACCCUCGCACCACCACCACCAUCAUCAUCAUCAUCAUCAUCACCAUCAUCACAGUGGUUAUUACACAUCACAACAUAAUCACAACAACCCUGUUACCACCAUGAAGCAAUCCUACAUGCAGUUAACACGAGUAUUCCACGAUGAUGAAGCACAAAUCAACAAGAAGCUGCCAAAAGAGUUGUUGCUUAGGAUCUUAUCAUAUCUGGACGUGGUAUCCCUGUGUCGAUGCGCACAAGUCAGUAAAGCCUGGAACGUUUUGGCUCUAGAUGGGUCAAACUGGCAGAGGAUUGACUUGUUCGAUUUUCAGCGAGACGUUGAGGGUCCGGUGAUUGAAAACAUAUCGAGACGUUGCGGUGGAUUUCUUAGACAGUUAUCGUUGCGGGGGUGUCAGAGUAUAGGAAACAACUCGAUGCGAACAUUAGCUCAAUUAUGCCCCAAUAUAGAAGAACUGAAUUUGAGUCGGUGCAAAAAAAUAUCUGACACUACUUGCGCCGCGUUAAGUAGCCACUGCCCAAAAUUGCAGCGAUUGAAUCUAGACUCGUGUCCGGAAGUGACAGACCUCUCUUUGAAAGAUCUUUCUGAAGGCUGCCCCUUAUUGACUCAUGUUAAUCUUUCUUGGUGCGAAUUACUGACUGACAAUGGCGUUGAAGCCUUAGCUAGAGGCUGUCCAGAGCUGAGGAGUUUUCUUAGCAAAGGAUGCCGCCAACUCACUGACAGAGCCGUUAAAUGUCUAGCUCGGUAUUGCCCCAACAUGGAGGCAAUUAAUCUACACGAAUGUAGGAAUAUCACCGAUGACGCUGUGCGAGAACUAAGCGAGAGGUGUGCCCGACUACAUUAUGUCUGUUUAUCGAAUUGUCCUAAUCUUACGGACGCAUCAUUAGUUAUGCUAGCGCAACACUGCCCGUUGUUAGGAACUCUCGAAUGUGUUGCCUGCACCCAUUUUACAGACGCCGGUUUCCAGGCCUUAGCCAGAAACUGCAGAUUGUUGGAAAAAAUGGACCUGGAAGAAUGUGUACUGAUAACUGAUGCUACACUGAUACACUUAGCAAUGGGAUGUCCUCGGUUGGAGAAACUUAGUCUGUCGCACUGCGAGCUGAUUACUGAUGAAGGUAUUCGCCAGCUGGCACUCUCUCCAUGUGCAUCUGAACACCUUGCUGUGUUAGAACUGGACAACUGUCCUUUAAUCACCGACGCUAGUCUCGAUCACUUACUACAAGCUUGCCAUAACUUACAACGCAUCGAACUUUACGACUGCCAACUCAUCACCAGGGCUGGCAUACGCAGACUGAGGACGCAUCUUCCAAAUAUCAAGGUUCAUGCAUAUUUUGCCCCCGUCACACCCCCGCCUAGUGCAGGUGCAUCGAGACAACGUUACUGUCGAUGUUGCGUAAUACUGUGAUUUGUUGGUUUGAUUAACAAUUGAGCGUGAAAACCUCAUGUUAUAAUUAUGGGCCUUGUGAGUUGCUAUUAAUGCUAUAAUGGCGCAAACGAAACCUUCGGUUAUUCGUUCGGCAACAUUGAGUAGUGACAACCGAAUCUUUGAUGAUUUAGCCCAAGUACUCGACAGCGGUUGAAUGAUAACUUAUUAUUAUUUAAUCUGUUCCUCAUAUCAUGUUCAGCAAAUGAAUAUGAAUCGUUGAACGCCCGCCGAGUUAGAUAUAGCAGGUACAUCAAUAGAGCGUAUUACGGAUGGCUACCUUUACAUGGCACCAGAUUCGUCGCUACUUAUGUGACGCAUGCAACAGCGUGUAUUAAUUAGAUCUAUAUCAUUGCAUUUCUAUAUUUCUACUUAUCAAUGUUUGGCUGUGUAAGCCAAAGAUUCGAUCGAAACGUAGAUAUCUAUGAUGUGUAAAAUUCUGCAGAACCUUAUAUCGUAUCUAAAAUGAGAUCGCCAGAAUUUACACAGCCCUUCACUUUUAUUUCGUGGAUCCACAACUCAUGGUAUGUAUAACUAAUUGUGAACCACGAAAUCACGUUUGUUUUUAAGUUUUUUUAUUUUAUUAUUAUAUUUUCUUCGUUGAACUUGGACGCUUUUGUCGUGAUCCUGGCUAGGAGAGUACAGACUGACAAAUGGAUCAAAGCGUAAUUUCAAUUCACGUUUGAAGUACAUAUUUCAAUAGCCUAAUAUCGCAGAAUACGCCAAUAUACGUGUAUUCAAAAUUUGAACUCGUCUGGUACAUACAUACUUAUAUAUUAAUGUAUCGCACUAUGCAACUAUUUCAGUAUGUGAAACAACAAAUGCGCCAUGACGCUGACUCGAAACAUUUACCCUUUCGUAUACAUAAUUAAAUUCGAAAACUAUAAGUCGAUAUCAUGUUAUCCAUGCCAUUCAAUAAUCUAGGAUAUAUUAUCUAUGUACGAAUAUGAAGUAAUCAUUAGUGGCAAUUAAGUGCCGCGUAUACCUUAUACAUAUAUAUACAUAUAUAUAUAUAUAUAUCUUUAUUUAAAUAACUAAUAAGCUAAAAAGAUAUUAUAGAAUAUUACUAUACACAUACAACAAAAAUGAAAAAAAAAGAAAAUAUGUUUUAUACGCUGCUGGUCGUCUCUAGGAUUACGUAAUCUUAAAGUGUCAUUGGUAUGAAUAUUUAUAAAUCUGGUCUUAGGUAUCUAACACGCACUGUAUAUUAUGGUCAUACUUUUUUUUACAAUGCUUCAUCAUUCAUUUCACAUACAAAAAAAGCCUUGCCAAAACAAAAACCACAUAGGUGGCUUGAAACACCAAUUUUUCAUGCAGUUCAAAUCAAAUUCCAUGAAUUCGCGACGUUAGAAAAUAUAACUCACAAUGUCACAUAGUAUCAAUCUUAUCAGAGUAGAAAGGCUGAUAGUCCUAGUCUGUCCGACACGCAGAAUGGCACUGUAUUGAAAGAGACUUCAUUUGCGAGUAUAUGCGUGUUUGAAACAGCCCUAUAAUAGUACAUUAUGCAACAAGGUAAUAAAGCUGCAGUUUACUCCCGCGGACGACUGUACUGCCCGAGCAUAAUUCCUGAGGGUUCGCUCGGCCAGUAUUCACUCGGGGAAAUUUUCGGGAGGGCCGUAAGUCCGAGGGAAUGAUUAGCUUUAUUCCUACGUUGCAUAUAGGACUUUAUACCCGUAUCGACUGUAAAGACCACUUUUCGUCCCGCUAAUUCACUUUUCGUCCCACAAAUUUACUUUUCUUCGUGAAAUGCGGGAGAAGAGUAUAGUAGGGAAUCAGAUUCAACUUUAGUCCCGCCCUUUCAGGUCAAAAAAGUUGUCUUUACGGUUGAGUCGGGAAUAAACUGAAUUACUGUGGUACUGUAACUUUAGAACAUUUAGACCUUUUUUCCGGAACUCGUUAUAGAAUUGAUCACAGUGGCGGAUUCAUUCAUCUCUCUUAUGGCAAAAUCUGCACAGGGAAUGAAGUCUACGUGACAAUUACUUUUUUAAAACUAAUGCAUAUUCGUUAGAACAGUUGUAUAUAAAUAGAUAACUUUAGUUGGUCUCAAUAUCUUUCAUUCGACAGGGGUUGAUCAGUUGUUUGUUGAAAUGAAUGUUGCGGUUUUUCCUCAUUGGAUUAAAUCUUUCGCGGUGUGUAGUACAAAAAAAUUAUUGACUUCAAUUGUCUUAUCAGAAAAAUAUUAUGCUAAAACAGCACGCAAUAUAUUUACAAAAUCGAAAAGCAGCUCGAGGACUUGACCCUCAGGUAUUUUUAAAUAGCAUUGGUUGAUUAUCCAAUUCAUUUUUCCGAACAAUUUAGAAAAAUUCCUCUGUUCGUGUUAGCAGUUAAGAAAAUAUCACUACUUGAGCCAAUAGUAUUACACAAUCAUUGUUGUAGUUAGUAUUAUAUAGUAAGGCUGAUCAUAUUGCUAAUGUCGUGCCUAACUUACCACCUGGUCGCUGUUAUUCUGUCGCAGUUUCGAAUUAGUUUAUAUUUAGGAGUUCGGAUCUAUUUGUAGUAAAAGAACAGAAGCAAGCGAAUUGAACUUUUCAUGAACCAUCAGCUUAUUCACUUUCCGGAUCAAGGCGACCCCUGUUCAAGAAUAUUUGUUACCUUUUUCAAAAUAUUUAAGAAAUGUCAGCACAGAGCUUGUGCAUUCCACAUAUGUAUUUGGUCUUCUGAUAUUCGGUGGUAUAGGAUGUGAGAAUAGGCCGAUAAAAUUAUGUUGAACGAUAAUUUGUAUCUUAUUUUAUAUAAUUUAACAUUGAUCAUAAAUGUAAAGUAUAAGAAAAUUGAAAUUCAUUUAUCGAAUCUGAUUCAGCGUCAUCCAACAAUGUCGGUGAUUCAUGGAGAUGGAUGAGGUUUCAAAAUUGAGUGAUCGAGCAAGUGUUUGGCUGUGCAGUAGAAUAGCAAGUGAAUAUGAAAUUUAGAAACCAGAAAAAGUGUUUGUCUGCCUGUCGACCGCCUCUUUUACAUAAUAUGCCUGUGAUAUAAGUAAAUUAAUACCAGUUACAAUAAUUAUUGAAAAAAUUGGCUCUUGUCAAUGGGUACUAUACUAAAUUAAAACAUAAAAACCACAUUAUGAUAUACAUAUGCGAUUGCUAUGGGGCAUAUAUCGAAGUAUAUAGUAUCUGUGCCCUCUUUAUCUUAAUAAAAAAAAAAUAUAUAUAUAUACCCACACUCUAUAUAUAAAGUGCCACCUGUAUGAAGAGUCUCAAUUUUACACACAAAGAUGUAUAAUUUUGGACUCAAUUUUGAAAAGGCACUUUUCCAAACGAUCUAUAUGUUUAUUAUACUAUCAAUGUGUAGUCACUGUAUGGUUAGGACCAGUGUUGCAUUAAAUACCCCCUCAAGAGAGAGAAAAAAAAGUUCAUAUUCAAAUCACUCUGCCUACAUAUAUAGAAUAGAAUAUUGGUGUACAGUUAAGUUCCAUCAAUUCUUUUUUUCCUGUUAUCGCUUUUGUUUUUUUUUCAUCCUUCCCCGUUGAUAAAAGUAUUAUAUAAUUAAUUGCUGAAUUAAUCAUUCGAAUUGCCACAGCGGCUCUUCAUACUGUAAGAAAUUCGGCACCCAUUCACAUUUCAGUCGCAAGCGAAUUCCUCCAGUUAAUAACCGUCCGUCAGUCCUUCAUGGUGAACUAGAUGAAUGGUAUUAUUUCCCCAUACAUUUUUUCCUACACGAAUCGGCUAUCCUUUAUUAUCACACAUAAAAUCUUUCAUAAAAAUAAAUUUCAUUUGAACAAAACUCAUAGUAUAAUAUGUAUGUAUAUCAUUGGAAUUCUUAAAACGAUGGAACCUUCGACAAAGAAGAAUGUGCGGGGCUGGUUAUUAUAGUAUUAAAUUAUUUUCAUAUCAAAAAAAUAUUGCAAGAUCGAAAAAAAGAAUAAAUAUAGGAUAGGAGAAAAAAAAAUAUAAUCAUACAUUUUCCGACAUGGGAACCAAAUCCGAAUGACUCGAGGCAAGACUGAUUCAUUUUUUUGUUCAAUAUAUAUAUGCCUAUAUAUAUAUAUUUGCUUGUUUGCUUUUUUUUGCUUUAUUCUUUUCCCUUUUAUACAUGAAAAAAAAACCACACACGCGUAAUUAUUGUUUUCAAAUACCCGUACGACACAUAUUAUACACAUACUUACCUAUAACAUUGUAAAUGCAUAAUACGACUGUCUUAUACAUAAACUGUCCGUUUAUAAAUACACGUCAUGCAUUGGCCAUUGUGUAGAUCCUAGUACAGUAAAUAUAGAUUAGUUAAAAUCACAAUUAUUGCUAACCAGACAUUAAUUUAGAUUCUGUAUUAUUUAAAACAUGCAUACAUAAUAAUAUAUUUCAGGUACAUUGUAUUCAUAUGCAGCAUAAGUAUAUGUAUAAUUAUUAUACUAAUAUACGCUGUCUCGUAAAAGCAACAGUGUGACUUGUAUAUAUUUUCAUUAUUAUUAUAUAUGUACAAUAAAAUAUGUUCCGACGGUAUAA